GGGGUUGAAGAUCAGUCCUGUUACUCUGCUGUCCUCCUCCUGUGACCUGAGAGACGCUGAUCUCUGCAGUACACCGAGGGCCGCCGCCGCUGAUCUCUGCAGUACAGGGUUGAAGAUCAGUCCUGUUACUCUGCUGUCCUCCUCCUGUGACCUGAGAGACGCUGAUCUCUGCUGAGAGACGCUGAUCUCUGCAGUACACCGAGGGCCGCAGCCGCUGAUCUCUGCAGUACACGCCGCCAUUGCCUCCUCCGCUGACCGCAGUGCCACCAUUGCCUCCUCCGCUGACCGCAGUGCCACCAUUGCCUCCUCCGCUGACCGCAGUGCCACCAUUGCCUCCUCCGCUGACCGCAGUGCCACCAUUGCCUCCUCCGCUGACCGCAGUGCCACCAUUGCCUCCUCCGCUGACCGCAGUGCCACCAUUGCCUCCUCCGCUGACCGCAGUGCCACCAUUGCCUCCUCCUCUGACCGCAGUGCCACCAUUGCCUCCUCCGCUGACCGCAGUGCCACCAUUGCCUCCUCCGUUGCCUGCACCAAUGGCGGAUUACAACACAAGUCCUCUGAAUAAGUGGACCGAACAGCACGUCUCACACUGGCUCCAAUCAAUACCUAUAAACCAGAAGUACAUUGACAAGCUUUAUGAGGAAGAAGUCUCAGGGCCGGUGCUCAAAGAAAUAGAUGAAGAGUUCUUAAAGAAUGUUGGAAUGAAGCAAGGUCCCAUCAAACUGCUGAUCAAAAAGAGGAAUGAGCUGGUAUCCAAGGAGGAGGAGCAAAACUCAUCACAAAGAUCUGAAGGGGGCAAAAAAUAUCCAAAACCUGUGCAUGAAAUGGGAGCAUCGAGUCAGUCAUGUGAGGUUGCUCCUCAGCUGGAGGAAGUCAGGUCCUCUCAUUCACGUGAGGUCGCUUCUCCAGCCGAGAAAAUAAAGUCACCUCAUUCACGUGAGGUUGCUCCUCAGCCUGAGGAAGUCAAGUCCCCUCAUUCACGUGAGAUUGCUACUCUGCCCAAGAAAGCAAAGUCCCCUGUAAAUCCAGAUAUUGUGAGUCCUCCACAAAGGCUUCCCACAGGCAAGACACAAUCUACACAGAGUCCUCAGAAGAGCAGUAAGCCUGACCAGACCACCCCCCUUCUUCAGUCCUCACAAUUUGUGUCCUUUGCUACUUUUCGACCCUUUGAUAAGGAAGUUGGAAAUUUCAAGUAUGUAAAGGGCCAUGUGCUACCUCCAGAAUCUGGAGUAGAAGACCUCAUAAAACCGUGUCAUGAGUACAAGUCACUCAGUACUGCCUCUAAACUGGAUCGAACCAGACUGCAAGCAAAAUUUGCCUCGGAGGUGAUCAGAUUUGCUUCUGCUUGUAUGAACGUGAGGUCGAAUGGUACAAUACAUUUCGGGGUGAUGGACAGCAAGGAAGACAAACUUUGUAGACAUGGACAGAUAAUGGGGAUUCUGGUGGAGGACCAGGACUGGUAUGUUGAUGCACUGGACUACAUUGAGAGGUGUUUCAAUAAAACAGAACACGAUGCAGCCAGAGCUUGUAUUCGCACCCCGAAAUUCAUCGAGGUUGUAGAUAAACAGUAUGAAGAUCAACGGUUUGUGGUGGAGGUGGACAUAGUGCCUGAUUCAGGGUCUGUGAAAUUACAAGUCUUCCAAGCAAGUUUACCAAAGUUCAUUGAGAAAAGCAACAAAGUAAAUAUGGAGAAAAAAACGUAUUACCGCAGAACUGGCGCAAAAUCCGAGCCGGUACCCGAGGAUGAUAUGGUGAUGUUCAUCCAGGGUAUGCAGGAACUGCAUUCAAGAAGAGAAAAAGCAGAAACUAUAACCCCAUGUGAGACUACAGCCCAGGAAAACCUCACAAAGAAAAUAGACCUCCUCACUGGAGGUAAAGAAUACAUGGAUGACACCAUCUGGUACAUACUGGUGACCAACAAGUGGGAACCUACCCAACUAGCAAAUCUCAACUUCCUCAUGCGCUUGAAGAUUUUUUGUGUGUUUGACUUUGAUGCAGACUCAGAAGUGUCAGGGCUGUGCUCCAGAUACAAGGAACACCAUGCCCGUAACAUUCAUUCCCUCACUGAUUACUCUAAUGACAGUGGGAUUAGCCUGAGUGAACUGAGGAAGUCUCUGGCACUCUUUGAUCAGACCAGCUGGAUAUUCUGCAACGGUAGAAACAAUUUCCGAGGCGGCGACAAACCCUGUGAUGAAAAUACCUGGAUUAAGAACAAGAAAAAAUACAUGACUGAAGCAAUCUCUUUAAUCUGUGGUAAGAUUUUCCAAAGUGGGAACUUUGUGGUGGUGCUUUUGCUGAUGUCUCCUGUGGAGAAGCCAAUUGUGGACACUUUCCACAGCUUCUACUCCCAGAUGCAAGGGAUGGAAGACAUCAUUUGUAUAGCAGAAAACAAGGAAUAUUAUAGCAAAUGGGCCAGCCUUGCUCAGCUAUCAUGUGACAUGGAGACUCUGGAGCAAAGGAGCAUUGUUGGGUUACAGUUGAGUCACAUUGAUGCUACAGUGCAGAGCAUGUUCCCCAUCGGAAACUCUUAUAGGAAUCUGCCAGUGUCGUCCAAAGGUGUCUGUGUUCUUAAGAGGCCUGAUGAAGAGAAAAUGCACUCGCUGGAAAUCCUGUGUGUGAAUGAAUGCUGUGAUAAAAAUCUCAAUCUUCUGAGCAAAAAGGAGUUAAAGGAUCUGGAGAGUACAUUCUAUCGAGGAGGCAAGAUGAGCUGGAAACAUCUCUGGUUCGCAGAACAUAAAAAAUGUGGAGAUUUUAUUGAGCGCAAUGCAUGCAACAAAGUCCGAAAUAUUCUCCAUGGGAUUCUGUAUGAAAAUACUGUACGACUUCCGGUCGCCCGCAUAAAAAUUUACCAUCACCCUGGAAGCGGAGGGAGUACAGUCGCACGUCAAGUUAUGUGGAAGAAUAGGAACAAUUUAAGAUGCGCCAUUGUGAGGUCAUCGUACCUUUUUUCCACUGUUGGUCAGCAUGCCGUAAAGCUCAGGGAGUAUGAAGAGGACAGUCCCAACCAGUGCCUGCCUGUCCUGCUACUAGUAGAAGACUGUGAAGAAGACUACCUGGAUGAUCUGAGACAUGAGCUGUCAGAAGCCAUGGUGUAUAAGAAAAUAGUUUAUUCCAAGCCAUGUUUCAUUCUCAUGAGUUGCAAACGAUCAAAUGUUCCAGAAGAUUUGUCCAAAACCUCUGUGUCCGACACAGUUGUGAUCACUCAUAAGCUCAGCCUGGAGGAGAAGAGAGACUUCUCUAUAAAAGCAAAGGAGCUGGAGAAGGACUUCCCAAGUUCAGAGUUCAUAAUCACUUUUGUCCUCAUGAGCCAUGAAUUUAAUGAACAGUAUGUGAAGGACUUUGUGCAGAAUGUCCUGCGAGGAAUCGAUCACUCGUCAGUCAUCACGCGGCUUAUGAGAUACGUUGCACUGCUUAAUUGCUAUGUCCAGAAUUCUUACAUUUCUGUUUCACACUGUGAAGCCUUCCUUGGUUUUGGAGUCAUGACCAAACAAGAGCACAAGGCGAUACGAGAAUGCAAUUUCAAGAGUCACCUCUUCAAAAGCGAGCAAGCACGACUUCUGUUCAUUGAGCUGAGGGAGCAGAACACUUGGAUCAGCUCAAUCCACUUCAUUCAUCCUCUGGUUGCCAAAGAAGUGUUGAACCAACUCUCAGAAAUACAUCCUCAGAGUGAAAUAGCCAAAGAUCUCCUGGAGGAGAAAGUUCUACUUCAGCAUAGAUUUGGUCAAGAGGAAUUCAUAAAGUUUAUUCGAGACUUGUUUUUACUGCGCUACCGGAAAAGUCGAGGUGACAGUGUGGACACGUUCUUCUCACCUAUGAUUGAACAUGUUUGCAAAGUGGAACAAAAUACAGAGAAGGCCAUUAAGCUCUUGAAAGCUGCAUAUCAGCGAUUUGACAAGGAUCCCUUCUUUGCUCAGCAGCUGGCCCGCUUACACUGCACGUAUAAGAAGUUUGAGGAGGCUCUGAGUUGGGCAGAGACGGCCAAGUCCCAGCUGCCACACAAUUCCUUCAUACUACACACAGAAGGUCAGGUCUACAGAAUGUGGUUCAAUGAGCUCUUUGACAAGAAGAGAGACAACUUGACUCCAGAGUAUGUCAUUGAGUUGAUAGAGCUCAGCCUUAAAUCUAUGGACUGUUUCAGAGCAGCCGAACAAGCUGCAAAAUCUGAGUCGGAUUGCAUGAACGACUCGGCAUACUUUGGGGAGAUUGAUGUUGGCUGCAGACUGUUAUAUCUGCUUUCAUUACAGCCCGUGUUCUCCAAAAACACAGGCGCAGAGAACACAGAGCUCCUGAAAUAUCUUCUGACAGACCAUAUACCGGUGGAGAUCGAGAAACUAUGGUUUAAAUUUCACAGCCGCUUAAAGGAACUCUACGAAGCUAUCUACAAUGCACUGGAGUGGAUUGCUGAUGAUGUGGGUUAUUUUCAAUCAGAGAAAGUUGAAGAAGGAGUAAAGCUGACCAAGACAGAGGAACAUCUUCACAGUCCCAGGAAAUGGCUGCUGAGGAAGACUAAAGAAUUUGCUAAGUUUUUUAGCUCUGAUUUUUUGCUGUCGCACACAGACAUUGAUGUUAACAGUCAGCUGAUCCGUAAGAUGAGUAUUUAUAAGCUGGGAGGAGGAAGCACGGCCACCAUCCUCUCCAUCCUGUCGGAUUCUAAAGAUGAACGAUCUAGUAAAAAGUUGGAGGAGAUAAUUAAUCUAUACCCGGAGGACAUCGCCUGUCAGGGGCUCGAUGAUGCUGGUCUUGCCAACUAUAUCAUGUCUCAAAUUGCCCUGGGAAGUGUGUGCCCCGGAUCUCCAAAACUGUUAUCAUUGCAGAAACUCCGUGAACUUGGCAAGAGGUUUCUAUCCACCAGGAAUGUUUUUCCACCCAGUGUCUACCUGCUCACCUUCCUGCUCUACUGGCCAGACAGUAAAAUCGACAAUAAACCAGAUGUCAAUAAAGACAAUGUUUUGGCCAAUGCCCUGAAGACGGCAACGGGACUGCACGAGAUAAGAAUCAAGAACGUCCUAGUUCGGAAGAAAAGAACCAACGUGCUCUUCUUUCUGGGGAAGGGACACGGCCUUCAGAAGAUCAUUCACCGGAGCACUAUCGAGAAGAAAAUUGGAGGACCACUCAAUGAAAAGCGAAUGAAGUGGGACAAUGACGACCUGACGAAGUUCAACAGCGUGCAUCGGCUGCUGCCAAAUGUCCAUGGCUGGACUGAGAAUGGAAGGCUGUAUGCAGAGGGACACUGCAAGAAAAACAAAAUCGAGAUCCUGUCACUCAACCCCUCGUCUGUGCCUCAUGGCAGUGAGAAUGUCACCUUUUAUCUGGGCUUCACAUUCAAUGGCUUUGUAGCCUUUAAUAUACAGCUGCAGACGGACAGCAAAGUGUGAGCCUCGCAUGGACGGUGCACAGGAGCCUGGAGCUGGAGAACAGGCUGGGGCCGCUAUGUCUGUGGACUGGCCCCCGUGUGAUAAAUCUGUGUGUAAAUAGCAUUUUCAUA